AUGACAAAACCGGUAGCGUUGCGCGCAGCCAUGACAAGGGCAAUGUCACAGGAGCGCACGCGCUCGCGCACGCGCGAGCAGCUGCGAGGCUGGUCACCAAGGAAGGCCAAGGAUGUUAGUAGCUCCACAGACUCCAGGAGAAGUGCAACCAGUCGGAGUUCCUCCAAAGAAAGCAAGGAGGAUGAGAUUAUCCACUACGACUGGGCAGCAGGACAAGUCUUGAAUGCAAGGUACCGCCUGGAAUCCUUAUCCGGGGAUGGGACCUUUGGACGAGUCUGUUUGGCCACUGAUCUGGUGGACAGAAGGGAGGUGGCCAUCAAGAUCAUUCGCGACGUGCGAAGAUACCAAGAGAAUGCGAAGGUUGAAGCGAAGAUCUUGGCUGAAGUGGCCAGAGAGGAUCAUCGGGGGAAGUACCACUGCUGCUUGAUGUUCGACACCUUCACGCAUGACUCGAGGUUUUUUUGCCUGGUCUUUGAGCCGUUGGGAAGUUCGCUGUAUGACGUCAUCAAGAAGAACCACUUCAGAGGGCUCUGGCUUUCAGAUGUCCAGAGGGUGGCCAAGCAAUCGCUAAAGGCGCUGAAGUUUCUGCAUGGUCGUCUUCAGCUCACUCACACGGACCUGAAGGCAGAGAACAUUUUGUUCGUCGAGCGCGGGGCAGGUAUUGUGAGCUACUUUCCGCGCGAGGACUUCUGGGAAGCUUCCACGGGGAACAACGCGCGAGGUCAUCCCUACUAUAGGCCUACCAGGGCCGACAUUAAGCUGAUUGACUUCGGGAAUGCCACUUUCGCGAAUGAGCACCAUAGUUCCAUCAUCAACACCAGACAGUACCGAGGACCUGAGGUCGUUAUGGAACUGGGCUGGGAUCACAAAUCUGACAUUUGGAGCAUCGGCUGCAUCCUCAUGGAACUGUACACAGGAGAAUUGUUGUUCGGCACACAUGACAAUUUGGAGCACCUGGCACUGAUGGAGAAGAUCCUGCGCGCCAGACUGCCCCAAGACAUGUUGCUACGGACGACGUCAGAGGUGCGACGCAACUAUUUGAGAUGGAAGAAUCCGCACCAUGGAGGGGAACUGGAAUUGAACUGGCCCGGAGGAGCAUCGUGUUCAUCUGAGAGCCAUGUCGCCAUGCAAAAGAAGCUCCCAGAACUGGUUCGACGCCGAAGGGUGGAUGAGCAGCUCAUGGAUUUCGUGCAAAAGCUCCUUGAAUUCCGACCCAGCAACAGACCAUCAGCGGAAGGGGCGUUAAGUCACGACUUUCUGAGUCUGAAAAUUGACGACUCAGAUGAGCGCAUAUGA